AUGUUCUCCCGUGCCGUCCGCCCGGCCCUUCGGGCUGGCAGUGCUGCUGCCACUCGCGCUGCCCCUGCCAAUGCCGCCAACUUCGCGACUCUGCGUGAGAUUGAGGGCCGCCUCAAGUCCAUCAAGAACAUCGAGAAGAUCACCAACACCAUGAAGAUUGUUGCCUCGACCCGUCUCACCCGCGCCCAGAAGGCCAUGGAUGAGUCCCGCAGCUACGGUCAGACCUCCAACACUGUCUUCGAGCAGGCCGAGACCAAGCCGCUGGAGGAUAAGAAGACUCUGUAUGUGGUGGCCAGCUCCGACAAGGGUCUUUGCGGUGGUAUUCACUCCGGUCUCUCCAAGGCCACCCGCCGCAUGUUGGCUCAGAACCCUGAGGCCGACAUUGUCAUCCUCGGCGAGAAGGCCAAGGCCCAGCUGUCCCGUUUCGCCCCCGAGAAGAUCCUCCUGAGCUUCGCCAAUGUCUGCAAGGAUAUUCCGACCUUCGCCGACGCCCAGGCUAUUGCCGACCAGAUCUCUCUGCUGCCCACCGACUACGCCAGCAUCAAGAUCAUCUACAACAAGUUCAUCAACGCGCAGAGCUACGAGGCUUCCGUCGUUGAGGCUUUCUCCGAGGAGGCGAUCACCCAGUCCGCCAACAUCUCUGCCUACGAGAUCGACGACGAGGCUCUUGCUGGUCUCCGCGAGUAUGCUCUCGCCAACAACCUCUUCUGGGCCAUGGCUGAGGGCCACGCCUGCGAGAUCUCGGCUCGCCGCAACGCCAUGGAGAACGCUUCCAAGAACGCUGGUGAGAUGAUCAACAAAUUCCAGAUUCUGUACAACCGUCAGCGUCAAGCCGCCAUUACCGGUGAGCUGGUUGAGAUUAUCACCGGUGCCACCGCCUCUGCCGAAAUGUAG